AGCUCGCCGGGGCCACGUGAUCCACGCGGCCAGGGCGCGGUAGCAGCUGCAAUCGGAGUCGAAUCCCGAGCAAGUCCAGAGCCGCGAGCGGACCGACGCCUCCCGGCUGGCCGCUUAGAGCGCGCACCAUGGCGAUGCAUUUCAUCUUUUCAGAUGAGGCUGUGCUUCUCUUUGAUUUCUGGAGAGUCCACAGUCCUACAGGCAUGGCCCUGUCAGUGCUGGUUGUCCUGCUUCUGGCUGUACUGUAUGAAGGCAUCAAAGUUGGCAAAGCCAGGCUGCUCCACAAGACUCUGGAGAGCCUGCCCUCUACCAGCAGCCAGCAGCUCAUCUUGGAACCAGACCAGGACUCUAGAGGCUCCGAAUCAACUCCAGCCAAUAGGACCCCCCUCAGGUGGUUUUUGUGUUACUUUGGCCAGACCCUGGUCCAUGUCAUUCAGGUGGUCAUUGGCUACUUUGUGAUGCUGGCUGUAAUGUCCUACAACACCUGGAUCUUCCUCGGUGUGGUCCUGGGCUCGGCUGUGGGCUACUACCUAACCUACCCACUCCUCAACAUGACUUAGUGGGCCAGAGCUGCACAGUGCUGAGGGCUGGAGAGAGCUGGGGCCUGUUCCAGGCACUGUACUACCAGCUGAUUUUUUUUAUGAUGGCCAUUGCUCACCUCUUUCCCAGUUUCUGACAGCUUUGAGAUGAAGCCAGCAGAUGGCCCUUGGAGCAGAGAGGUCAUUGAAGCUACCUCCUUCCCCAGCCUAUACAGAGCCCAGGCCUCCUGUGGUGCCUUAAGCAAGCAGCUGUGACCAAAAGGAACAUGGAGAGACUGGAACCUGGAGGCAGGAUGGCCAGGCCUGUGACCACAGAUAUUUGACUGCAAAUUAAGUUUUCCAAAGAGCUUCAGUGAUGGAGGCCAUGGAACCUGGAUACCCUCUUCUGCUUUGUGCCUUAAUGUCAGAGACAUCGUCAGUCUUUAGGGACGGACCAUACCAGCUCCUUGUUCUCACCUUUUUGCCUCGGAACACAUGAAGAUUGUCAUUUUGAACUCCUGGCUGGCAAUUUUGCACAUUCAUACAAAACAAAGUUUCUAACGAACUUAUUGUAUUCAUGAUGGAUGGCAGUAUCUCUUAAGACCUGUCUCCCCUUCUCGAGAGAAGACUGCUGCUGAUUAAAGGUAGAGAGCCGGGACUGUUACUGAGUGUGUGGACUUGUCCGCUGUGCAGAUGAGCCUUCCCAUCUGACAGCACUGCCUGCCGCAGGUUAGUAGUCAGGGCUUUGCCUGGUCCUCUCGUGCACACCACAGAGAACAGCAUUUACUAACGGAGCCGACUGCCCCUUCUUUUUUACUUACACUAACUCCUAAUGAUCUGGUAGGGAAACAUGAGUCAGUCACUGAAGUACUGAUUCUGCAGGAGUGUGCUGGGGGCUGGGUACUGACUGAGGGUGCAAUAUACAAUCAAACCAAAGCCAGGUCAUUUUAGGAGUUAAGUGGACUCCAGAUAUUUGAGCCUUUUCACUUUAUAGGGAAAAGUUAAACAGGAAUGGGAACACACGUCUGUAAUUCCCAGUGCUGAGAAGGCUAGGUGAUUGUGGGUUUGAGGGCAGCCUGGGCUACAUAGAGCAUUCUAGGGUUGCCUAGGAUUCACAGUAAAACACGUAU